AGAGCACAGCCUUGGAUUAGAAAACAAUCUGCAGUGAUGGGGAGCCAUCUGUUGUGUGGAUGCAAGACCUCACCUGCUCAGGUGCAAGCAACAUCUGGCCCACCCGUUUACAGUCAGUACACACCCAGAGUGGGCUCAGCAGUGGCAGGAGGUGGGAGGUGUCAUGGUGGCCUGCUGAAGGAGACGGACUGCAUUACCCAUGAGUACCAGUGUUGAGGAGACCCCAGAGAGAUGACUGGCAGCCGACGCUGAGCCUUAACACAACUGUGAAUCAAUAACUUGGUGCUACUCUAAAAGCCAUAAGGCUUUUAGGUUCUCGGUGCUGAGGACAGAGGAGUCUGACAGUACCCAUAUUCUCAGUGUUGGAGUGAGGCCCUCUCUGUGCUGCAGUGGAGGGCUUCACAUACACAGCUAGUCCGGCUGGAUGCAUCACGCAGUAGAGCAGUUUGGCGGGCGUGGCACACGGGAUUCCUUCCCUUUGGAUGGACUCAAUCGGGGACCAUGGGCUCCCGUGGGCGGCCGCGCCUGGCAGACACCUGCCAGGUGUUCGCCUGGAAUGAACCAACACCAGCUCCUUCCCCAUCUACCUCCUGGUCCUAUGGGCGGACUGAACCAUCCCAGUAAAUUCUUUAGUAAUGGGCCCAUGCGAGGAGGUGAAAAGCUUGAGCUCCCACAACCAAUGUUACCUGGUCUGCAGAGGGAGCAACAGAGACCUCCUCAUCAUCACCUUCAUCAUCCACCUCCGCACAGAGCCUGGGAGCAACUAGGUCAGCUGUAUGAAUCCCACCUUCCUCCUCAAGGACAUUCUGUUGUGCCCCUGCCCAAUGAGCACUCACUCCGUCUCCAUAAUGGAGGCUAUGCAGGCAGUGGUGGGCCUCCCCCCAACCCACAUCUUCCCCCCAGUCGGCCAAACCAACUGCUGAAGUUCGGGGGUCCUCAGGAGCAGCUUGCUCCCAGGGGGCCACAAUUGCUGGGAGAUGAGAUGUGGGCUCAGGUGCACCAGCAGAGGGGCUUUCCUGUGAAGAUGCAAGGGAGUCAACUGAAGAGACCAGGCCCUCCACUGGGGGAGCACUCUGUCAUCCAGCACACUCCUCUGCCAUCCCUGCACCCAUCCUCCCGCCCAGCUGUAGAGGACUCUCCCAGCCCCAGCAAGAGGAAAAAGAGCUCAGAUCAGGUAUCCCAUCCUGGGCAGCAGCGUUUCUCCGGCCCUGGCCAAUCUUUGUUAUCACAGCAUCAGUCACCAGUCCACCACCUCCCUCCGAAACCGGCCUUCUGGAACCCCCUUCACAAAGACAACACUCCCUGGCAGCCACAGACGGCUGACCGCAAGAACCCACCAUCACUGGAGUUCCAGGUCCGAACAGAAACCCACAAACAAGGAAUGGGCAGCUACACCCAAAAGUCCUCGCCUGUCUCUUCCACUCCUUCAACACUCUCUCCUCCACCAAAUUCCUCUCCUGGUAGCUACAACCAUGGAUGUGCUACACAGCUACAGAAAGAUACGUUCCAACCUCAGGCUGUAAACCAGCAGUCCCCACACUCCUCCUACCCCAGUCCCAGCUCUAAACUGGGGCUGGCUCCACCCUGCCAGGCCAUGGAGCCUCGUGGUCUUCACAACCAGAGAGGCCCUCUCAUCGGGGGUCAAGGUGGCAGCCAAGCUACCUCUCAUACGGCAUCUACCCCAACCAGAGAUCAUCACCUACAUGCCCAAUCGUCACCAGCAAACCCUCCUGCAUCCAGCAACAACAAGAUCAACAGCAGUCGUGUGCCUUACAGCCACUUCCAGCCUCAUCCAGGGCUGGGGCACCAGGGUCCCCCUCCUCCUCCACCACCUCCUCCUGCCAGCAACACCUCAGUACCUCAGCAAAGUGGGCCCCAUGAGGCCUGGAGAUACCAGAGGCCCAGCAGUCACUCCCUGGAUUCGGGCAUCUACAGGCCUCCAGGACUGCUACCUCAACGCCAGCAGAGCCACAAUCAGGUCGUGGAUAGUCAGGUUCCUGUUUCCUCCCAGCAUCACCCUCACAUCAGCCCUACUCUACCCCCAACCAACUCCACCCGCACCCCUGUAAUUACCCCGAAUCUCCCGAUGUCCCAGUCAUCCUGCUCCAUUGGCGGCUAUAACAGCAGCAGCAGCAACUCUGGUGGUGUAACUGUGGCUGGUAUCUCCAGGGCGAACACAUCACCCCCCGCUGGUUGCUCUGUGAACAACAUCAGCAGUAAUAACAGUUGGCAGAGAGGAAGAGAGCCAGCACCUGAAAGAUCCACCAGCACCAUCACUAGGCCCAUCUCUCAGCUGGACACCCUGCUGCAGCCUGGGAGAGGCCAAGCUGCCAACCAGCCCCACCUAAAGGGACUGCCUAGACCACAACAGCAUGGACCCACCAAGUCCCAGCCCACGAAGGGGAAGACUUACUGUGCUCAGGCUGAACUGGCGCAAACUCCUGCAUUUUCCUCCUCCUCCGCCUCAUCGUCAUCAUCAUCUUUGUUCUCCUCAGGGCGCCAGAGGGCAGGAGACAGUGUAAUUACAAGCAGAAUUUCAAAUCCUCUUCCUAGGUCUCCACCUGCAUAUUACCAAGCUCCUCAUUCCAGUGUGAACUCUAUCCCUCAGCGAUCCAAUCCAGCCCUUUCCUCCAGACUAGGUCAGCCAGACUCUGUCCCGACUCAGGCUUACUCUCGGCAACAGAUUCGUCCACCAGCCCCAACCUCUGUCCCCCAGUCCAUCGAAGAGGCUCUAGACAAACUCGAUGCAGAGCUAGAGGGACACAUGCAAGCUGAAGAAAGAAGGAAAAGGGACAGAGAGGAGGAAGAGAGAAGAAUGAGAGAAGAGGUGAGGCGGAGGAAAGAAUGGGAGAUGAGACAGAAGCAGGAGGAGGAGAGGAAGAGGAAAGAGUUGGAAAAGAAGAAGGAGGAGGAGGAGAGAAAAAAAAGAGAAUUGGAGAGACAGGAGGAGGAGAGAAAGAAGAGGCAAGAAGAGGAGAGGAGGAGGAAAGAAGCCGAGAGACAGGAGGAGGAGAGGAAAAGAAGAGAAUGGGAGAAAAAGGAGCGGGAAAGGAAGAAGAGAGAAUGGGAGAGGCAAGAGGAGGAGGGGAAGAAGAGGGAAGCAGAGAGGCAGGAGCAGGAGAGGAAGAAGAGAGAACUGGAGAGGCAGGAGAAAGAAAAGAAAAAGCAAAAAGAAUUGGAGAGGAAAGAGGAGGAGAAGAGGAGGAUGGAGCGGAAGAGAGAGGAGGAACUGUGCAGUGCAAAAGGCAAAGAGCAGACUGCUAUUGAGAAUCUGGAGAGACUGCUCUCUGGCAACACUUCCUCAACACCCCCACCUCCACCCCUCUCUUCUGUUACUGCACCUCCUUCUGGUGCACCUCCCUCCAGCUCCCAGGCUUCGCCCCCAUUCCCCUGGCUAAGCCGUGGCGGUGUUCUCCCCUGUCCCCCAGGCCAGGCGCCCAGCACCACUACUCUAGAAAGACUGCGCCCACCCCCUCUGACACCUCAGACUGAGUAUGCCAGAGAAAAGCAGAGGCAGAGAGAGAUGUGGAGCAACAAUGGCGGAACGACAUUCAGUCCCUCAUCAACACAUAAUACCUCAGGGAUGAACCAGCCGGUAUACCCCAACAAGCCCCCGGCAAUGCAAGCCGCACCCAACCAAUCCAAAGACUCAGCCAGGGAGAGAGACAGCAGCCAGCUCUCUCUCCCCACCUUGGCACUUAGAGAGCCCCCCAAACUGUAUCAGGCUUUUCCCAGAGAAAACCUGCCGCCACCACCUUUAUCAACCACCUCCACAGGGGGGAUCCUCCAGAAGAGGGUGACAGGAAGCGGGUUGGAAAAUGCCAGCAGCUGUGGCACUGACUCUGACAGUGCUCAGUUUGAGGAGGAGCCCUCUGAGAUGUCUACACUACUCCCUGAUGGUCUGGCUAACAUUAUGGCGAUGCUGGAUGAAUCUAUCAAAAAGGAAGAGGAGAUGUUUAACAAUGAAAAGACUGGGUCCACAGGUCUUCUUGACAACUUUUCUCCUAGUGGCCAACCUAUCAAGAAUUACCUGUGUGCCCCAGACCUCAUCCCAGCACUGAAGCAUCAGCCGAACCAGGAAGACUUUGGGUCCAAUCCCCACGCUAGCCCUCCUGUGCUUAGCCGCCAAGGCUCUCUAGCAUCCCCUUGCAGCCGGACGUCUUCUCUCAAUGAAGAGGAUGAAGACUACUUUAAACCCUCUGCAAAUGUCCCCUUGAACCCUAAACAGUCAAUGGAUGUGGGAAUUGGAAUAGGGAAUACGAAUACCAACUAUCGCCACAGUGACCUGGCUAAACUUUAUGGCCUCCCCGAGCAGACUAAAAGUGAGGCUGACGAGGAUGACGAUGAAGAGGAUUCUGAGACCCCAUCUUGUUCUCCACCACCCCAAAGACCCCACUUGCACCAAACAGGUGUUAACAGCAUGUUCAAGUCUCUAGCAACAGUUCUAGGGAGCCAGAAGUAUGCAUACCGUGGUGGGCCUUUUGGGAGACCCCCUCCGUCAGCUUUGGUCGGGGUCAAAUAUUCCUCUUCACUGUCACUGGGCCCCGAUAUCUGCCGCCAGCAGCAAGGCAGCUCUCCAACGUCAGAUUCAACCAAUCCACCAUUCAGUCCAGCUGUUCCCCCUUCAAAGUCCUCCCCUCCUCUGCUGGAAGACAAGAAACUAAAACUAGAGGAUGCAGAUGUUUGGAGAGAUGAUGGACUAACAGAGGAAAGGUUCAAAAAAGAGAGUAUUCCUCCCAUAAAGCCUAUUAAGGUGAUCAAGGAGGAGCAGCGGUUGACAACUAUCUCUGAGUCUUCUCUGGCAGAGCUGGGAAAGAGCUGCGAGGUCAUGCUUAGUCGACAUUCACUUCCUAACAAGAGCUCCGAUAAAUCCGAUGUCCACGUCAAAGCAGAAGACAGACACAAACCUGAAAAAGUAAAGGAACACAGAGAGAAAGACAGAAACCGGGAUAGAGAGAGGGAGAAAGAAAAGAAGAGGAAGCAUGGUCACAGCCACAGUAGCAGCAGGAAGCAUGAAGAUAGAAAAGAAAAGAAGAAACAUAGAGAAAAGCGAGAGGAGAUGGCCUUUUCCUCUUCUUCAUCAUCUUCCUCCACUCAUUCCAGCUCCAGCCAUAAGCGGCACAAGGAUGGCAAGAGCCAUAAGGAGAAGAAGGAUCGUCGAAUUCUUGGAGACCUCAACCUCCAGCGCAAAGAGGGGUCUGACAAGAGUCUGAGUCAUUACGACACGGAUAAAAAGAAACGUGCGGACGCAUCCGGUGCCAGCUCUACUAGUGAAGGGGAGCACGCUGAAUGGACCUCAAGAAAUUCUGGGGAAAGAUCAUCUGAGCACAAAAAAGGGGCUGAAUCUGGUUCCUCGUUAGGCUCCACAGACUUCUUGAAACUGAAAGCGUUGUCAGAUGGGCCACCCAAGGAGCUGAAAAUCCGACUGAUCAAAGUUGAGAGUGGGGACAGGGAGACAUUCAUUGCCUCAGAGGUGGAGGAAAAGAGGAUCCCAUUGGAGGAAAUCAGCAUCAAGAACAGUGCCAGUGAAAUCAUCAGGUCCUGCAAGGGUGCCAGAGUGAAGGGAAAGUUCAGAGAAUCUUACUUGCUCCCAGCCUUUUCUGUCAAGCCCAUCAUAAACCCAGAGGAACUCAUUCCAAGAGAGAAACUCAAUCCUCCUACACCUAGCAUCUAUUUGGAGAGCAAGAGGGAUGCCUUCUCGCCUGUGCUGUUGCAAUUUUGUACAGACCCCAAGAAUCCUGUUACUGUCAUCAGAGGCCUGGCUGGAUCCCUAAGACUCAACCUGGGACUGUUUUCUACUAAGUCACUGGUGGAAGCCAAUGCAGAGCAGGCGGUGGAGGUAAGGACUCAGGUGCAGCAGCCUGCUGAUGAAAACUGGGACCCCAGUGGGACUGGUCAGACAUGGCCCUGUGAGAGCAGCCGCUCCCACACCACCAUUGCCAAGUACGCCCAGUACCAGGCAUCCAGCUUCCAAGAGAGUCUACAGGAGGAGAAAGGCAGUGAUGAGGAGGAUGAUGAAGAUGAUGAGAAGAAGCCAUCCAAUAGUUCUGAUACACCAAGCAAGGACAGCACUAAAGAAAGUAGCAGUGGUGAGCAGAAACCAGUGGGAAAGAUCAUUAAAUUUGGAACCAACAUUGACCUCUCAGAUCCCAAAAGGUGGAAGCCCCAGCUACAAGAGUUGCAGAAGCUGCCAGCAUUUAUGCGUGUAGCAUCCAGUGGUAACAUGCUGAGCCAUGUGGGCCACACCAUCUUAGGCAUGAACACUGUCCAGCUCUACAUGAAGGUUCCAGGGAGCCGAACGCCAGGUCACCAGGAGAACAACAACUUCUGCUCGGUGAACAUAAACAUCGGCCCUGGAGACUGUGAGUGGUUCUCUGUCCAUGAGAACUACUGGCAGGCAAUCAAUGACUUCUGUGAAAAACAUGGCGUGGACUACCUGACAGGGUCCUGGUGGCCGGUGUUGGAGGAUCUUUACAGGGCCAACAUCCCUGUGUACCGCUUCAUUCAGCGACCGGGAGACUUGGUGUGGAUCAACGCUGGAACUGUUCACUGGGUUCAGGCCGUAGGCUGGUGCAACAAUAUUGCCUGGAACGUUGGACCUCUCAACGCUUACCAGUACCAGCUGGCCCUGGAGAGGUUUGAAUGGAAUGAAGUGAAGAAGGUCAAGUCCAUAGUCCCAAUGAUUCAUGUGUCCUGGAAUGUGGCCCGCACUGUCAAGAUCACCGACCCAGAAACCUACAAGCUGCUCAAACACUGCCUGCUGCAGUCCAUGAAGCACAUCCAGGUCCUGCGGGACCAACUGGUUGCUACAGGCAAAAAGAUUUCCUAUCAGAGUCGAGUCAAAGACGAGCCUGCCUACUACUGCAAUGAGUGUGAUGUGGAGGUGUUCAAUUUGUUGUUUGUGACAAGUGAGAACAACAGCAGGAAGACAUAUGUGGUUCACUGUGAGGACUGUGCACGUCACCGUAACCCCAACAUGAACAACGUAGUGGUGCUGGAGCAAUACUCCAUAGAGGAGCUUAUGAACACAUACGACUCCUUCAACCUGGCCAACUCCUCCCGGUGACAGAACUCUCCUCCUACGUCUCCUCAGCCAUAACCAAAACACCUGCAAGCCAGGACAAAAGACACAGUUUCACUUUGGUUUUCAACUUACCCUUUCAUUAUUUAAGAUCAUUUUUGCUA